GCCUCUCGACGUCGUUAACGUUCGUGUCGACCAUCCCAUUAUCAUGCGUGUCGUCCUAUCCUGCCUAAUCCUCGCAGGGCUCACUCAGGCCGCGCAGGUUUAUCUCAGCCCUCAACCACACUCCUUCCCCUCUCAGCUGCCCUCGAAGCGGGCCAGCUUCGUCCUCGCUCACCACCUCGGACUCGACCAGUUUGAGGUACUUGGUGACAACUUGGUUGACUACGCUGGCUUGCUGGGCGAGCGCAACUUUGUGGGAGAGGGACCGUCGGAUGGAUUGCUUCUGGUCAUCGAUGAGAGUGUUGCCAAAGAUGUCAUCCCAACAACAAUGGAGCCGUCAUUCUCAGCUGCACUGAAGCCCGCGUUGGGCUACUCUCCCCAGCCGGAAAACCUUCACUGGCUCGUUUCUGGCUUCGUUAAGCGCGCGCAGCAUGCCUACACCACCGUCUUCUCCACCUUCACUUCCGACUCAACCAAGGGUGUCCCUCGCGUGCUAGACAUCUUCGACGCCUCGUCUGCAUCCAGCCGAGAAUUCGUCACCCAGGCCGCUGCCCUGUUCGAAUUCAUCGAUUCUGAGGUUCCUUACGACAAGUUCGGCGCAGUGGAGCUCACCGGACUUACCGAGCUCGCCUCUACCUAUGGGCGUGACAGCGAGCAGUACCAGACCGCCUCGAACGUCAUCCGCGCUGCCAUCGAGUCUGUGCUCGCUCAGCCCAAGGCCCGGCUCGCAAUCGCCACCAGCGAGAACACGUCCGUUCUCUCGCGCCGCCAGCAGCCCCCGCAGCAAUCCCCCUUCCCGCCCCAGAACCCCGGCCUCCCGCCGAUGACACGCCCCACGACCUGCCUGACGACCGUCAGUGCGUGUAACAACGCGACGAACUCGUGCUCGGGCCACGGUCAGUGCUCGAGCGUACAGAGCGCUGGCCAGGAGUGCUUCGUGUGCGCGUGCGGCAUCACGACAAGCGACAGUGGCCGGACGACGACCUGGGCUGGCGACCGGUGCGAGAAGAAGGAUGUCAGCGGCGCAUUCGCUCUGAUCGCCGGAACUGUUAUCUCGCUCUUGCUGUUGAUUGUUGGAUCAAUCUCGCUGCUGUCCAGCAUCGGUGCAACCGAGCUUCCCAGUAUCUUGAUGGGCGGAGGACAUGGGGCAGCGAAGAGAGAUUAGGAAACACGUGCAUGUCAUAUUAGCGUUUGCGUUGACUAUUCAAUUUCUCCAAAUUCUCUUUCCCAAUCGAAGACUCUGACCGUAUACGUGUUCAUAAACGCCAUACACAAGAUACAGUGACGACUGACCUGGUUCCCAAGUCCCAAUGUUGUCAAACACUAUUACUAGAUAACCAUAGGACGCCUUCGCCAUCUUCCAAGUCAACCCCUUUCUUCCUCAUUUCGUCUACCCAAUUCAUAAAAAUUCCGAUGGAAGUCGGACUGUUGCACGC